GCGGCUGUGGCUUGGUCCUCCCUGCCUGGAUGCCACCGGCCGCCUCCUCACUGGCCGCCUGCUGCUGCUUAGCCUGACGAUCCCUUCUCCCCGUAGGGGCCAGCGAGCUUCUAGAAACACAGAUCUGAUCGUGUCACCUCUCUGUCCCCAAGACUUCCUUUCAGGGCCUACGGUGCCCCGCAGGACCUGGCCGUGCUCCGUGCUCUCUGUUUCCCAGCUGGGCUGGGCUGUGAGCUCUGUGGGGACUGAGACUGAGACGGGACAGUAGUCUUUCUGCAGGGCACCCGCGCGGGCACAGUUCUUGGGACCUCGUAGAUGCUCAGCACACCCUCUAGCGUCAAUGAACGAGCCUCGGUUCCCUCCUCUGGAAAGUAGGGGCACUGUCACCUGCCCCUCAAGACUGAAUGGGGGUUAGAGACAUCAUGCAGGUGACAUGCUCGGUCUGUGCUCACAAGGACGGUGACUUGGAUUUGUGUUCCCAGAGGGAGCCCCUCCUCCCACCUCCCCGCUCUGGGGAGGUGCAGGGUCAGUAACCCACUCCACACCAGGGGGACAAAUUGUUAGUAAAGGGGCAGGAACCUGGCCUUUGUGGGUGAGUGUUUAGGGGCUGGACUCUCUGCCCGGAUGACGGGGCCCAUGUGCCUGUGAAAGUAAGACCCGACCAUAGAGGUUUCAAAGGACCGUGUCGUGAUGUCUCAUGGGCAGGUGGGAAAGUGAGGCACUGAGGACUGGGGUGCAGGGACCUAGGGCUGUCUUCCGCCCCUUGAGAUGGGUUCCUCCACUCUAGCUCUCAACACCUUGCACUCAGAGGAAAACAGAACUUCUCAAAGUGAGCAACCGUCAGUAAUUAGCCUUGAUAAGAGAAAGGUACAUGAGGCCCGGAGCAUGGAAUUUGAGGAAAUUGUGUACCAGUGAAAGGGUAGACUCUGUGCGGAAGAUAAGGACCAACUUAGGCAGGAUCUGAGCAAUAUGAAGGGUUUGUGCAUUCAUUCAUUUAUACACUCAUCCUUUGUUCAUUCAACAAAUAUAUACUAAAUGCCUCUCCUCUGCAUCAGUCACUGUGCUUGGGCCAGAGAUAUAGGAUGAACGUGAUAGUGAACAAAGUUGAAUUUUGAGUUAAGUUACCAGAAUGAGUUUCCUAGUGGCCAAAGCAAUGAGGGAAACCUGCGUAGCUGUAAACUCCACCGUGGCCACAAACGCUACAGCUGCCUAUAAGUUAGUUGUUCAGGCAAAAGCCCAGGUUUUCCUGGCACAAUGCAUGUCCGGGACUGCCAUGUCUACUGUGCUUUGUUGCUGAUCUGACAAGAGUAACCCAUGGGACCUAUGUGUGUCUCAUGGAUAAAGACCGACUAAAGCAGAGGAAAACUUCAAAGACAAUGUAAACACACCACUAGAGACUCCUUUUUCACGCAUUUCCUUGCAUCGUCCUCUCUCCAAGCCUUUUGCCCAUGUUAACGCCCUCACUGCCACCUUGCUUGUCAUCUCGAAGCCCAGGUGGUGACGCCUUAUGGUGGGGGCAUAGCAGGUGUGUGUCCCCUCUCUGACCCUCCCUCUUACUGCCCUAGACUGCCAGGAGCUGCUGCCGCCACCGGCUGUGAUGGCCCACAUCCCGGGAGGGGGCGCCCCAGCGGCGGGCGCCGCCCCCACGGGCCCCCAGUACUGCGUGUGCAAGGUGGAGCUGUCGGUGAGCGGCCAGAACCUGCUGGACCGCGACGUCACCUCCAAGUCCGACCCCUUCUGUGUCCUCUUCACAGAGAACAACGGCAGGUGGACGGAGUACGACAGGACAGAAACCGCCAUCAACAACCUCAACCCCGCGUUCUCCAAGAAGUUCGUCCUCGACUACCACUUCGAGGAGGUGCAGAAGCUCAAGUUCGCCCUGUUCGACCAGGACAAGUCCAGCGCGCAGCUGGACGAGCACGACUUCCUGGGCCAGUUCUCCUGCAGCCUGGGCACGAUCGUCUCCAGCAAGAAGAUCACUCGGCCGCUGCUGCUGAUGAAUGACAAGCCUGCGGGGAAGGGCUUGAUCACGAUCGCCGCCCAGGAGCUGUCGGACAACCGGGUCAUCACGCUGAGCCUGGCGGGCAGGAAGCUGGACAAGAAGGACCUCUUCGGGAAGUCAGACCCAUUUCUGGAGUUUUAUAAGCCGGGAGACGAUGGCAAGUGGAUGCUGGUGCACAGGACCGAGGUGAUCAAGUACACGCUGGACCCUGUGUGGAAGCCGUUCACAGUGCCACUGGUGUCCUUGUGUGACGGGGACAUGGAGAAGCCCAUCCAGGUCAUGUGCUACGACUAUGACAAUGAUGGAGGCCACGACUUCAUCGGCGAGUUCCAGACCUCGGCGUCGCAGAUGUGUGGGGCUCGCGACGGCAUCCCGCUGGAGUUUGAGUGCAUCAACCCCAAGAAGCAGAGGAAGAAGAAGAACUACAAAAACUCGGGCAUCAUCAUCCUGCGCUCCUGCAAGAUAAACCGGGACUACUCUUUCCUGGACUACAUCCUGGGCGGCUGCCAGCUCAUGUUCACGGUUGGAAUAGACUUCACAGCCUCCAAUGGGAAUCCCCUCGACCCUUCCUCUUUGCACUACAUCAGUCCCAUGGGCACCAACGAGUACCUGUCAGCCAUCUGGGCUGUCGGGCAGAUCAUUCAGGACUACGACAGUGACAAGAUGUUCCCGGCUCUGGGAUUCGGGGCCCAGUUACCCCCGGACUGGAAGGUCUCCCACGAGUUUGCCAUCAACUUCAACCCCACCAAUCCCUUCUGUUCCGGCGUGGACGGCAUCGCCCAGGCGUACUCGGCUUGCCUGCCCCACAUCCGCUUCUACGGGCCCACCAACUUCUCCCCGAUCGUCAACCACGUCGCCCGGUUCGCGGCCCAGGCCACACAGCAGCAGACGGCCACGCAGUACUUCAUCCUCCUCAUCAUCACUGACGGCGUCAUCAGCGACAUGGAGGAGACGCGGCACGCCGUGGUGCAGGCUUCCAAGCUGCCCAUGUCCAUCAUCAUCGUGGGCGUGGGCAACGCCGACUUCACUGCCAUGGAGUUCCUGGAUGGGGACAGCCGCAUGCUGCGUUCCCACACGGGGGAGGAGGCAGCCCGAGAUAUCGUGCAGUUCGUGCCCUUUCGAGAGUUCCGCAACGCAGCGAAAGAGACCCUGGCCAAAGCUGUGCUAGCGGAGCUGCCCCAACAAGUCGUGCAGUAUUUCAAGCAUAAAAACCUGCCCCCCACCCACUCGGAGCCUGCCUGAGCCCCACCCAGCAGCAGCAUGCCGGCUGGGCCUCCCCCCAACCCCCAGAACAUGCACGCUCACCCUGCGUCCCUGUGGGUGGCAUUUUUUUUACCGAUCGGCAUUUUUAUUUUUUACAAAUGGACCUACACCCCCAACUUCCCCCAGCCCAGCUGGGCUUCCUUUGUUGGAGUCAAUUGAUGAUGCUUCCAGGCCAAACUUCCUCUCCUCCCCUCCCCACCCUUGCCACUCUUAAGUAUUGAAUGUACUUUGUAUAAUUUUAGUGGAAUUAUUGUUAUUAAAGGAAAAUAAAAUUUUUACAAUCAUAA